AUGUUGCGACGCGUUUCUUCUGCUAUAAUGAAUGCAACCAUAGCAAGAACUCCACCCAACAACCCUUUGAUUGUUGUUCUCGGUGCGACCGGCACAGGGAAGUCCCAGUUAGCAGUCGACUUGGCCACACGCUUCAGUGGGGAAAUUAUUAAUGCUGAUGCGGUUCAAAUGUACGAUGGGCUGCCGAUCAUAACGAAUAGAAUUACCUCAAAAGAGCAACAAGGCAUCCCCCAUCAUCUCCUUGGAUUCAUUGCGCUCAAGGAGGAACCCUGGCGAGUGAGUUUGUUUAAACAGAAAGCUGGAGAAAUCAUCAAGGAAAUUCGAUCAAGAGGACGUCUCCCUAUUGUUGUCGGAGGAACACACUAUUAUACCCAAUCGCUGCUUUUCACAGAUGCAUUAGUCGAAGCUGCACAAAGCGACGAGGAACAAGUACAGCCAGAGCUCACAAACCAAGAAAUCUCGGAGAAAUACCCUGUACUUGAGGGCCCUACAGAAGACAUGAUAAAUCUUCUGAAAGAGGUUGAUCCUGUCAUGGCAGAGAAGUGGCACCCCAAGGAUAGACGCAAAAUCCGCAGGUCUUUGGAAAUAUUCUUAGUGACUGGGAAGAAGGCCUCAGACAUCUAUACGGCGCAGCAGCAAAGGAAAGCUUUGGCCAAAGCCACUUCGGACCACGAUCCUGCCUCGGAUACUCUGAUAGACAGAAAAUCAACACUCUUGUUCUGGGUGCACGCCGAAUCCGAGGUCUUGAAGACUCGCCUCGAUUCAAGGGUUGACAAGAUGCUGAAGGCUGGACUUCUAGAGGAAGUGGGCUCGAUGGACUUGUUUCUCCGUGGCCAGGCUGAAGCUGGUGUCAAGGUUGACCGGACGCGAGGUAUUUGGGUCUCGAUUGGCUACAAGGAAUUUGAGCCUUAUCUCGAUGCAUUGCACUCGGGAAAGGCUACACCCAAAGAGCUAAACAAGCUCUUUGAGCUCUCUGUCAAGCAAACGAAAACUGCCACUCGGCAUUACGCCAAGCAACAGCUGCGGUGGAUUCGUCUUAAGUUCAUCCCAGCACUCUCAGAAGACGGUUCACUCGCCAGGCUCUAUCUCCUCGACGGCAGCGAUGUGGCGCAGUUCUCGGAUACUGUAACGCAACCUGCCAUUAAGGUCACCGAGACCUUUCUAGGCGGAGGCAAGCCGACGUCUCCACUAGAACUAUGUGCAGCUGCCGCACAGUUUCUUGGUCCCGACAGGGAUAAGGUGGAGCCAACAGAUGUCCACAUUCGUCAAGAGUGCGAAACAUGUCGAGUGGUAACAGUGACUGAUCUCCAAUGGCAAACACAUCUCCAAAGCCGUCGUCAUCGAGCUCUGGUCAAGAAGAAACAGAAGAACGAUGCUCACAGUAGGCAUUUCGACCGAAAAACCGGCAGCAUAGCAGGGUCGAAUGCAUCUUGA